UUAUACUGUUCAUGUCUGGAAGAUGCUUUAAUCUGAAACCUGUUAAAAGGCUAAUUCAAAAAAUGUACAGUCCAAAGUUUAUUUCAACUUUGUGUAAGUGAGUAGAAAUUUGUGCACACAAAACAUAUCCAGUGAGUCAAUCAGUUUAGGCAGUAAACAGUAUUCAUCACUCGAACAAAGUCGAUUCAGUUAACAACAGAUUCAGAUAAAGUGUUGAGAAUUCUGACUACAGAAAUGCACCAACUAUAAGAUUGAAUGAUGAUUUAUUUCCAGGUGGCGGUUAUUUUGUGGUCACUGUGCUGCGUAGUUUCAUUUUCACAAAUUUCGAAGUUCAGUGAAACUAUUUACUGGAGUUGGUGCAUAACGAUUGCACUGAUGUGGUUUCUGGAUAUCGUUCUACUAAUCAGAAUUAUACUGAUGGUGACUGGACGACUUACUCAAAUACUCGGUCAUCCUGAUGAGGGAAGAAGAUUCAGUCAGGCAGUAACAUUAGGCAUUAUCGUGUGGAAACUGGCUGUACAGACUGUUCUCUGGCUUUAUUUGAAGGAGAGUAUUGGAGGUCCACCAUAUGACCGAUAUCUAACUUACAAUGGUGUAACUCAAUUUCGCCAAAAUGAUAACAAUAAAAAACCAAUACUUGCGAGACAUCGUGCGGUUUUCGCAGUAUUUCCAUUUUGGACCACCAUGCUCAUAUGCUUAUUAGCAGUGUGCAGUCAGAUUGUCAAUUUCGGUAUGUCAUCACUUUGGGCGUGUCGUGGAAAUGACCAACCAACUGAGUGUCAUGAAUGCGAGGAACAACAGGAUACAGAAUUUUCACCAGAGCAUUCCUCGCUAGAGUAGUGAAUUUCCCAUUGAUUUUGUCAAACUUUUAUCACUUAUUAUCGAGAAACUAUUGCCAAAUAUUUGUAUGUCGUGUAUGUGAGUUCUGACUUGGUUCUACUGGAGUAUCAGAUAACUUGUAGACGUUUGUCUUUCCACUGAAGCAGUGUUCAUCGGGUUACAAAAUAUAAGA